AAUCAGAAAUCCCCAAAUCGAAAAAGAAGCGAUCGGCGAGUGAUGGCGGUGGACGGUGACGGAACUGACGGAGGUGGAGGUUCUCAACCACCGGUGAAACCUGCGGCGAAGGAGAAAAAGGAGGUGCCUACCCUGAGGCUGAGUCAGUUUCCCAAAAACGAUCACGUUUCUGAUGACUACGAAGAUCUGGAUUUGGAAUAUAGCUCACUCGUAUUAGGAUCGUUAGAGAAGUACUUACCGACGGAAAUACUCACGGCGGAGAGAAUAGUGAAGUACUUAUUCAUGUCUGAUGUUUUGGAGAAGUACAUUACUCGCGGAGACCUUACCAUGGCUAAAAAUCGCAAAGAAUAUAGGCAAAACAUAAUAUCCAAUUAUCAGCCACGUUUCAGAGAGUUGUAUAAUUUUGAUCCCAAGUUGCUUUUGCUUCCCCCUUUCCGGAAUGCGAUCAGCGAAAACACAGAGGAAAGCAUCAGGCGCAUCAUCUCUGAACCAUUUCCUGGUGUUUUCGUCUUUCAAAUGUUUCAUCCUGCAUUCUUUCAGAUAUUGCUAUCAGAGGUAGAAAAUUUCAGAAUGUGGGCUCUUAGGACAAUGUUAAAGAUCAAAAGACCAACCAGCAAGAGUAUGUACGGUGUUGUGCUUGACGACUUUGGCCUGGAUAUCAUGCUUAACAAACUCAAGGAGGAAUUUAUCUUUCCUCUAUGCAAAGUAUUAUUCCCUGAAGUGUGUGGAGAAAUGUUUGACUCUCACCACGGAGUUGUUGUUGAAUAUGGUGAAAAUAGGAGUGUUGCUGAGUUAGGUUAUCAGAUUGAUGAUUCAGAAAUAACAUUGAAUGUUUGUUUGAGUAAACAAUUUGCGGGAGGGGAAUUAUGUUUCCGAGGCUUACGAUGCAAGAAACAUGCGAGAGCAGAAGCAAAGCCAGAGGAAACUUUUGAUUACAGUCAAAUACCUGGUCAAGCUAUACUUUACCGUGGCUGCCACCGCAACGGUGCCAGAGCCACAACAUCUGGUUACCGGGCCAAUAUGAUUCUUUGGUGCAGAAACUCUUUGUUUAGAGAGAUGGAAACUUAUCAGAAGGAAUGCUCAGACUGGUGUGGUCAAUGUGCCCAUGAAACGAAAGAAAAGGAAAGCCAGAUUCUUGCUGCCAAAAGAAAGGAGAUGAUUAAAGUAGAGGGUGAAGCCAAAAGAUCGACUGAUAAGCCGUGGCUUGUCUAUGUUAGGCGUUCAAAGAAAUGAAGUAGCAGAGCGUGAAGAGAAAAGAAGCGAGGCAGCAUAAAGAAAAGUUGAAGGUGAGUAUAAGAGAAGAACAGCGAAGCUGAGUUGGCAAAGAAGAGUAGAUACAUAGAUAAUACAAGUGAGAGUAUAGAUGAUUGUUGGUGAUAUAAGGAGUCUGUAAAGAGUUGAGUCGAGUCAGUUAGAGAACUCACAGGUAGAGAGAGGGUCUGGCUCUCGUAAAAAGCAGUAGGAAGUUGUAUUCUUUGGUCCUUCUCUUAACAUUGACAAAACACAACACAUAGCAUACAAUUGGUAACCAAUCGGUUAAGCCCUCAAGUUUAUUUGGUUUGCCGUUUGACUCCUUAGAGUAUAUGUAGAAUCAUUUGAGGUAAAUAGCUCUUUGUAUCUUCAAUCUUCACAUAACUAUGUACAUGAAAUUACCUGUAUAUAUAAUAUAGAUAUGCAGAUUGUCUUUUUUUC